CAGGAAACCACGAGGAAGGAGGGGGUGCUGCGAGCCCAAGGGCUUACCAUCAACACCGCAACCCAUGGUUCCAAGCGGCCUCAGAUACCUGACAAUUGAGAUCCCCUGCAUGUUCACCAGACAAGAUGGCAUCGCCCCCUGAGCCAGAGCUGUGGAAGCGGCCAUACCCUCCAAUGAGACUGUUUGGCAGCCCGAAUCCUGUCAUUUUCGAGUGCCAGGAAGAGCGAGAGCUGGAUUACACCAGCCGGUGGUAUCGACUCCCCGAUGUCCCAGACUUCCUCGCCUGCACCCUGUGCCACAAGAUGUACAUCGUGGACACCGCCAUCGAGCCGUCCUUCGAGGCCGUGGAGCUGCCCAGGGGCCGCUGCCACUUCAACGUGUCGCGACUCACCAGGUCCCUGGUGCCGGCCGCCUGCCGUAGCGGCGACGUCCAGCCCAUCCGAGAAUUCGCAAAGCGGCGGCUGCAGAUCCAAGACUGCCAGGGCCACAGUGGCGUCGGCGCCGAGGCCGAGGUCAAGUGGUUCAGAACCAGGGACCCGCGGCUCGACUGGUUCGCGGCGUGUGAGGCCUGCAGCGAGGACAUCUUGCAGGGCACGCCGUUCCGUGCCCGUUUCGUCGCCGCCCCGGCGCAGCCCGAGGGCGAGAUCUGGGCCUGCGACAUUUGCGUCCCUUACAUCAAGCGCGCCCUCCUCCGGUUCUCGUCGCUGCCGGGCGACCUCUGGGACAGCUUCGUCGAGGCGGCAAACCGCCGCGCCCAUCUCCCCAAGUGCGAGGGCGUCCCCGUCGAGAAGCCUGCGGGACUGCAGGUGUUGCAAUGGUACCGCCCGACGGCGGAGACACCGGGAGACAAGGCGCAGGAGCUGGUGCUGUGUGAGGCCUGCUUUUGCGACAAGGUGUCCCUGACCAGCCUUGAGAGCGGGUUCGAGGUGGUCUCGCCGCCGCAGCAGCAGCAGCAGCACGUCCUGGACCUCCUCAUGGCUCGACUGGGCACCGCCCCGACCACAACCACAACAUGCCUCGGCACCACGCUCCCCACGACGGCGGCGUUCGCCUCGGCCGCGGGCAUGCAAAGCCUCGACGUCCUCCGCACGGCCGCGCGCACCAUCGUGGCCAGCCCGCCCUGCACCGAGUCUGGCGUCGUCGGCGGGACCUGGUUCGCGCUCCAGAGCGGCAACGGGACCCCGGCCUCGCCCGACUUUGCCGUCUGCGCGGCGUGCUACGCCGGCUGGAUCGAGACGUGGGGACUGACGGGUUUCUUCACGCCCAUCGGCGGCGGCGCAGCCCGCCUCUGCAACCUAAACCCGGCGCACCCGCGGUUCCAAACUCUGCUCCCGCGGCUCGGCGAGGCUGUUGAGACGGGCGUGUGGGCGCCCUUUUUGGCGGCCGCGCGGACCUGGGCCCACGUCCCGCCCUGCCCGCGAUCCGACAUGGCGGCCGGCCGGCGCUGGUGGGGCCACGACGACUGCACCGUCUGCGAGGAGUGCCAGCUGUCCUUUUGCGCCGCGACCGAUGGCGGCGCCGCCCUGUCCGCGUCCCUGCCGCUGCGCGGCGGGGUGGUGGUGGCGGCGGAGCGCAUGUGCUGCAUGUACUCGCCGCGCAUGCGCCAGCAGUGGCUGCUCGCGUGCGAGCGGGGGAGCCCCGAGGGCCUGGUGGCGCACUCGAGGCAGCGGCUGGCGGUGUACGCGCAGACGAUCCCGCAGAUCAGGUUCCUGAAGGGGAUGCAGGAGCUGCAGAUGGCGCAGGCGAUGCACAACGGCCUGAUGAGCACCAUGUAUUCCGGCAUGGCCAGCUUCCGCGAGGUUUCGGGGAUUACGGAUGGACACUUGCACGGUAGCAACACUCUCGGGUGGCACAGCACCGACGAGGGAGCGACUAGUGCUGCUUUCUCGCAGAAGAUGUCGGCCGGCAUGGCAGCGUCAAAUGGCCCUCUAGCGCAAAUUAUGCAUCUGGCCGCAAUUUGGGAGGAGUGGGAGUAGGCGAGUGGACGAAGGGUGUCGGCAUGCCAACGGAUUGUUUGCUACACGCCCCGAACAAAGCUGUUAGGUGUGAUAGAUACAAGUCUGGGUCGCCCUCGCAUCCCGGUAUGGAAACAGGAGAGAAGGAUUUGAUUGGGGCAAGAGAGAAGAGUUUGGUUCGACCAAUCGUCCAGGUGCUUUUUCGAGC